AUGGUACAGUGGUCGAGUAUGCAGCCGGCACUUGCCUUGGUCGGAGGUUGGACGAAGCUUCACUCCGCCGCCAUCGACGGUAACAACACCUGGGUGGAGGAGCUCAUCUCUGAGGGAGCAAACAUCAGCGCAGUCAGCCCUAGUGGCGAGACGCCUCUCUACUACGCUCGCAAGGAAGGUCACAGGCAGGUGGUGGAGACGCUGCUCAAGUGGAACGCUGACGUGCGAAAUAUCUCCUCCACUGUACAAUCUUCUAUAAGACUGGCGCGACCGGCUUGCCCUCCUAUCAGGAGUGUCGCUCUCAACUACUUUGUUCCUCUGAUACUUAGACAAGUUGGAGCAAUAGAGUCUCACCGCUCACUGGCACACAAGUCCCAGAACCAAUACUCGGUAUUAUAA